UUCCACAUUCCAGCUGGUUGCCAUGUUCGACUUCCUCAAGCGACCGACUCUGGAGGAUGAGCUCUUCAAGAUGCGCUUCACGGCCAAGUCCCUUGUGCGCAACUCGAAGAAGUGCGAGAAGAACCAAAUCGCCCAGAAACUCAAAUUGAAGCAAGCCAUUGAGAAGGGUAACAUGGAAGGCGCCAAGAUUUACGCCCAGAAUGCCAUCCGCGAGAAGACGCAGGCCCUGAGCUACCUUCAGCUGAGCUCCCGCAUCGACGCGGUGGCGGCGCGUGUCCAAACGGCCAUCAGCAUGGGCAACCUGAAGUCGAAUAUGUCUGGCGUCGUCAAAGGAAUGAACGUCGUGAUGGAUUCGAUGAACGUCGAGAAGAUCUCCAAGACCAUGGACCAGUUCGAGCGGCAGUUCGAAGACCUCGAUGUCCGCGCGGCCUACAUGGAAGGCGCGAUGAACAGCACAACGGCCGGCGCCACCCCCGCCGAUCAAGUGGACGAUCUCAUCCAGAUGGUAGCGGACGAGAAUGGGUUGGUCAUCGCCGGCCAACUCGACUCGGCUGGAGCAGUGGGAUCCCACGUGUCAGUGGCAGCCCCCGCCGCAGCGCAAGCCACGGACGACCUAACAGCACGUUUAGCGGCGCUACGAAAGGCCUAAGCCACUCUAAUUCGAGGACUUCCAUAAAGUAUAUGACUUGUAUUGCCGAACUUUGCAGAUGCGAGUGCCUUGAUAAAAAACCUUGUGCCAUAUUAUUAUGGAGGAAUAUCUGUGGUUGAGUUAGUUGUGAGACUCCCACCUUCUCACUACCGUAUAUCUUAUGGAUCAGUAGAUACCCUUUAAAUUGCAGUAGCGGUCGAAAAAGUAAUUUAGAGAGAUUGUAC